UAUCUGAGGAUGCUGAGGGACUCAUUCCAGAUGUCAAUCUGAGGUCCAGAUGAGUGGCCCUCUAAUAGGACAAAUAAGACUCUCAAAGCCUGGCUGUAUUUGAGGACUUUAAGUGACAAAACUGUACUGCUGUGAGCAUGCCUCUUAUUUAUUUUGGAGCAAGGCAUUAGCCUCCUAUCUCAUGAGGCAGUGUGUAACUGUAGAUAUGCUGUAUGUCCCCAGACUUGCUUCAUUUGCUCACUUUGAACAUAAGAGUUGUCAAUAGAUAUUUGUAUAUGGGAAACAUGUUCUUGAGUAAUAAAUGAGGAAACAAAAGAAAGAUCGAAUUAAGAGCUCAAGCAGUUGUGAUGAGUACUGAAAGUUUCAUUAGUGUUGGCUAAAAGAAGGAAACAUUGCAUACUUAAAUAUUGACAAUGGAAUCAAUUUUAGGGUUUGUUAUUUUUCAGUGUAGAGAAUUUUCAGAGAUUAUAUGUUUGCUUUUCUUUCUGUCAUGUUUUUCUGAGGUAGACGUGAUGGAAUGAAGUCCUCCACUUCAGAGAAGAGCAGUGAGUAACUACGCCAGCAUCCUUUAAAUUCAUAUGUCAUGUGUUCUGGGCCACAUCCUAAGGUCUCUGUGUUCAUCUUUCCAAUGACUUACUGGAUAAAAACUUCAUUAUGUGUCAUCUUUUUUAAAAAAAAAGAUUUUAUUUAUUUGACAGACAGCAAGAGAAAGAGCACAAGCAGGGGGAGCAGCAGAUGGAGAGGGAGAAGCAGGAUCCUCGCUGAGCAGGGAGCCCAAUGUGGGGCUCGAUCACAGGACCCUGAGAUCAUGACCUGAGCUGAAGGCAGAUGUCUAACUGACUGAGCCACCCAUGCACCCCCACUAUGUGUCAUUUACUUUGGGUCGGUGUCCACGCCGGGCUCGCCGUUGGCCCAGGGAAGAAGGAUUUCCUGUCCUCGGAUGCGCGGAGGGUGGCCGGGUGCCCGGAAGAAGUGCUGUCCAGCGCGGCGUGGGCACCCUGCGGAGGCAUCGCCCAGACGGGUCGGUGUCCACGCCGGGCUCGCCGUUGGCCCAGGGAAGAAGGCUUUCCUGUCCUCGGAUGCGCGGAGGGUGGCCGGGUGCCCGGAAGAAGUGUUGUCCAGCGCGGCGUGGGCACUCUGCGGAUGCAUCGCCCAGACGGGUCGGUGUCCACGCCGGGCUCGCCGUUGGCCCAGGGAAGAAGGCUUUCCUGUCCUCGGAUGCGCGGAGGGUGGCCGGGUGCCCGGAAGAAGUGUUGUCCAGCGCGGCGUGGGCACUCUGCGGAUGCAUCGCCCAGACGGGUCGGUGUCCACGCCGGGCUCGCCGUUGGCCCAGGGAAGAAGGCUUUCCUGUCCUCGGAUGCGCGGAGGGUGGCCGGGUGCCCGGAAGAAGUGUUGUCCAGCGCGGCGUGGGCACUCUGCGGAUGCAUCGCCCAGACGGGUCGGUGUCCACGCCGGGCUCGCCGUUGGCCCAGGGAAGAAGGCUUUCCUGUCCUCGGAUGCGCGGAGGGUGGCCGGGUGCCCGGAAGAAGUGUUGUCCAGCGCGGCGUGGGCACUCUGCGGAUGCAUCGCCCAGACGGGUCGGUGUCCACGCCGGGCUCGCCGUUGGCCCAGGGAAGAAGGCUUUCCUGUCCUCGGAUGCGCGGAGGGUGGCCGGGUGCCCGGAAGAAGUGUUGUCCAGCGCGGCGUGGGCACUCUGCGGAUGCAUCGCCCAGACGGGUCGGUGUCCACGCCGGGCUCGCCGUUGGCCCAGGGAAGAAGGCUUUCCUGUCCUCGGAUGCGCGGAGGGUGGCCGGGUGCCCGGAAGAAGUGUUGUCCAGCGCGGCGUGGGCACCCUGCGGAUGCAUCGCCCAGACGGGUCGGUGUCCACGCCGGGCUCGCCGUUGGCCCAGGGAAGAAGGCUUUCCUGUCCUCGGAUGCGCGGAGGGUGGCCGGGUGCCCGGAAGAAGUGUUGUCCAGCGCGGCGUGGGCACCCUGCGGAUGCAUCGCCCAGACGGGUCGGUGUCCACGCCGGGCUCGCCGUUGGCCCAGGGAAGAAGGCUUUCCUGUCCUCGGAUGCGCGGAGGGUGGCCGGGUGCCCGGAAGAAGUGUUGUCCAGCGCGGCGUGGGCACUCUGCGGAUGCAUCGCCCAGACGGGUCGGUGUCCACGCCGGGCUCGCCGUUGGCCCAGGGAAGAAGGCUUUCCUGUCCUCGGAUGCGCGGAGGGUGGCCGGGUGCCCGGAAGAAGUGUUGUCCAGCGCGGCGUGGGCACCCUGCGGAUGCAUCGCCCAGACGGCACCAGCAGCACGAGCACCCCCAGCACCGGCAGCGCCAGCACGAGCUCAAGCAGCAGCAGCAGCAACAGCAGCACCCAAGGGCCUCUGCAUCGGAGGGCCCCGCGGAGCGCUCCGGGUCCACGAGGGGUUUCCCCUCCUUAG